AUGCCCUUUUCUGUAGAAGAUGCAAAACGAACCCCUCAUUGCAGGCUCAUGACACAACUCUACCAGCACAUUGUGGCUUUGGUGUUUGCUGUAAAGGAGAUCAAUGACAACCCACAGAUCUUGCCCAAUGUCACCCUGGGAUUCCACAUCUUGAACAGCCAUUUCGUUGCAAGCUGGACCUAUCUUGGCUCCAUGGAGCUGCUUUCUGGAUGGGGCAGACUCAUCCCCAACUAUAAGUGUGGUGUUGAGAACAGUCCAGUAGCCGUCAUCGGGGGACCGAAUUCUGACAUCUGUCUCCACAUGGCAACGGUUCUGAGUAUCUACAAGAUGCCACAAUUCAUCUAUGGCUCUUCUCCCAUGACGAGUAACCACAUCCAAGAAGAGUUCCUUCACCGGAUGUUCCCUGAUGUGGCUCAUCAGUAUAAUGGGAUUCUCCAGCUACUGCUGCAUUUCAGCUGGAUGUGGAUUGGAGUGGUGACUCUGAGUGAUGACAACGGAGAGAGAUUUCUCCACCACUUUCUGAGAGGCGUCUCAUUUAACAAUAGUGCCGGGGAAGAGGUUUCAUUUAGCCAGAAGGGGGAUUUGGUAACUGAAUUGGAUAUCAUCAACUGGAUCACAUUCCCAAAUGACUCCUUUUUCAGAGUUAAGGUUGGAAUGAUGAACCCCCAGGCUCCCCCCAGCAAGAGACUCUCCAUUCAUGAUGAUACCAUCACCUGGCCCAUCAGGUUCAACCAGGCACAACCCCUUUCUCUGUGCAAUGAGAAUUGCCAAUUGGGCUACAGUCGGACCAAGAAGGAAGGGAAGCUACCUUGCUGCUAUGAUUGCAUCCCGUGCCCAGAAGGGAAGAUUUCAGACCAGAAGGACAUGGACGACUGUUUUGAAUGCUCUGAAGAUCAGUAUCCAAACAGUGACAAGGAUGGGUGUCUUCCAAAAGAUGAAACUUUCUUGUCUUUUGGAGAACCGUUGGGGAUCAGUCUGGCCACUUUUGCUCUCUGCUUUUCUUCCAUCACAGCUGCAGUGCUUGGAAUAUUCGUGAAACACAAGGCGACUCCCAUAGUCAAAGCCAACAACAGGAACCUCACCUACGCUCUCCUCCUUUUCCUCCUGCUCUCCUUCCUUUGUGCUUUGCUCUUCAUUGGCCAACCUAACAAGCUGACAUGCAUCUUACGGCAAACUGCUUUUGGCAUGAUCUUCUCAGUGGCAAUUUCUUGCAUAUUGUCCAAAACUGCCAUUGUGGUUCUGGCUUUCAUGGCCACCAAGCCUGGCUCCAGCAUGAGGAAGUGGCUGGGGAAACCACUGGCCAGCUCCAUUGUUCUUUCCUGCUCCCUUAUUCAAGCCACAAUCUGUAGCACAUGGCUGGCAACUUCUCCUCCUUUCCCAGAUGUUGACAUGCACUCAAUGACUGAAGAAAUAAUACUAGAAUGUAAUGAAGGCUCCACUGUCAUGUUUUAUUGUGUCCUGGGAUUCAUGGGUUGGCUGGCUGUUGUGAGCUUCACGGUGGCUUUCCUAGCUAGAAAGUUGCCUGACAGUUUUAAUGAAGCCAAAUUCAUCACCUUCAGCAUGUUGGUCUUUUGCAGUGUGUGGCUCUCCUUUGUUCCAACCUACUUGAGCACCAAGGGCAAAUACAUGGUGGCUGUGGAGAUCUUCUCCAUCUUGGCCUCCAGUUGUGGGUUACUGGGCUGCAUCUUUAUCCCCAAAUGCUAUGUUAUUUUACUGAGGCCUGAGCUGAACAGCAGGGAGCAGUUAAUUAGAAUAAAGAAUUAA